GUCGCUCUCCCAUGUUCAAGAGAGAGAGGGCGCGUUUUAUUCGUUUCAUUUUAUGGCUGCCAUUAUACGACCGGAAUUACGAGAGUAACCUCCGUAACUCGGGUCAUAGGAGAAUAUAACGGCACCUAGAAGGGUGUUCUAGGAAAUUCAUGAGAUACUUUGUGGGUGAAAUGGGGUCCACGAUAGGCUCGAUUGGACGAGGGAAUGGCCCGGAGACACGUGGUUGGCUUUGGUAAAACAAAUUAUCAACGCAUUAUCAUUCAUUAUAAGGCAAGCGCACAUCUGGGUCUGCAGGAACGCCUGCUUGGGCUCCAUUUCAGACUCAAGUCGGGCCCAGGCCCACCACACGGUGACGAGCACGAGCCUCUCCUUGGUGAAGUUUCAGUGCAUGGCCGUUCGCUGAUUGUUCCCAGAGCAGGUGUCAGAUUCGCAGCGGAAGGGGUGGGCACCGUCGAUGCUCCGGAGGCGCUCGGUGACCGGGGCAGGCGCGCGCGGUCAGGCUGUGGAUGGAUCUCAAUGUCGCGGCGAAACGAGCCCAUCUCAUCUCCGCCACCUCCGAGCUCCUCCGUCUUGCUCGCCGCGGCCGCAUCUCCGCCGCCCGGAAGUUGUUCGACGAUAUGCCCGACAGGGACACCCUUGCCUGGAACGCCAUGCUCACCGCGUACUCCGGCUGUGGACUUCCAGUUCAGGCGCUCUCCCUCUUCGCCCGCAUGAGAUCCUCAUCCGCCGUUCCCGCGCCAGCGCCCGACCCCUUCUCCUUCACCGCCGCCCUCUCCGCCUCUGCAGACCUCCGCGAACUCCGCGGCGGCAGGCAGCAUCACGCCCUCCUGCUCCGCCUUGGCUUCCACGGCCGGCUCCCAGUCUGCAACGCCCUUAUCGACAUGUACGGCAAGUGCUCCCGCCCAUCGGACGCCGCGCAGGUGUUCGAGGAAAUGGAGGAGCGAAACGAAGUCACCUGGUGCGCGCUUCUCCGUGGUUAUGUCGUCUCAGGUCGACUCCCGGACGCGCGUCGAUUGUUCGGCCAAAUGCCAGCUAGGACGACGGUCGCCUGGAACACGCUCAUGGUCGGAUAUGCUCAAUUGGGACUCGGUGAAUCCUGCGUCGAGCUCUUCAAGGAGAUGCAGAUGCACGGAUUCAAUGGCGACGUGACCACCUUCGCCAGCCUAAUUAACGCUUCCUCCGAGAUGAAAAAGCCAAGCCUUGGCCUUAUGAUCCACUCGAUCGUUCUACGUAGAGGAUGGAGUGUAACAACAGAAGUCGGCAACUCUCUGCUCAGCUUCUACGCAAGUUUCAACUCCCGCGGGGACGUACAGUUGGUGUUCGACGCAAUGCCUCAACGGACUUUGAUCUCCUGGAACGCCAUGAUCGACGCCAGCAUGAAGUUUGGGGACGUGGAACAAGCUGCUGCCUUGUUUGAGAGAGCACCUGAGACCAACGCCAUCUCCUGGACUGCGAUGAUCGUCGGUUUCGCAAGGAACGGUCAUGGAGAGAAAGCCCUGGUGCUCUUCGCUGACAUGAUCAGGAAGUCACUUUGCCCCGACGACUUCACCUACGGAGCUGCUCUCCACGCUUGUGCCACAAUGGCAAUGCUCAGCAACGGAAGGUUGAUCCAUGGCUGUGCAAUUCGCAGCGGUUUUGGUUCGUACUUGUACGUGGCCAAUUGCCUAGUGAACAUGUACUCUAAGUGCGGCAGCAUCUCUUGCGCAGGCAAAGUGUUCGAAGAAAUGCGCAUGAGGGAUUUGGUGUCCUGGAAUGCCAUGCUGUUUGGCUUUGCGACUCAUGGUUGUGCAUUGGAAGCUUUUCGAGUGUUUGACAACAUGUUGUUGAGCGGUGUUUCGCCAGACAAGUUCACCUUCAUGGGCUUGCUGUUGGCAUGCAACCAUGCAGGCCUCAUCGAUGUAGGGAAAACUGUGCUCGAAACAAUGGAGGAUGUUCAUGGACUACGACCUGACAUCAAACAUGAGUCUUGUGUCACCCACAUGCUUGGAAGAGCAGAAUUCCAGGCAACUCACUCGACUGGAGUGCUCAGAGAGAUGGAGAGCUCAUACGAGGUCUUGCUCAGGACAGUAAUCAACAAUGAGGAGAUGGACAGGCACAUAAAGUAUGUGAUGCUAUCGAACUUCUUGUGCGCCAAUGAGCGAUGGGAUGAAGCAGAGCGGGUGAGGAGGAGAAUGAUGGAGGAAGGAGUGAAGAAGUCUCCGGGAUGUAGUUGGAUAGAGGUGAAGGACAUGGUUGUGGUGUUCAUGUCUGGGAAGCAAUCUACCGAACACCUGGUGGAUGUAAAUGCAGUUGCUGGGUUUUGAAAUGGGAAAUCCUGCUUUCUUGA